GGAUGAGGUUCGGGGGGCUGGUGGUCGCGGCCGGACUCUCUGGGCUGCUGAGCUUUGCUCUGCUCGCGCUCGCCAUCGGAACCGAGUACUGGUACAUCAUUACUGUGGACCAGAACCAGCAGAACUCCACCUCCACCAACACCGCCGAGCUCAGCAGCUCACACUCCGGACUCUGGAGGAUCUAUGAAGAAAGGAACGGGAGUUAUCACGCCGUCUCCAUCUACAUGAACACGACAGAGAGCAGCGAGCAUCACCAGCACCUCUCCAAUCUGCACAGCGCUAUAGUCAUCCUGCUUCCUGUCAGCCUGGUGCUGCUGGUGUUUGGUGGGAUCUUUGGGUUGGUGGCGUCUCUGGCGCGCAGUUAUAAGCUACUCUCUGGUGAAGCUGUGUAUUUCCUCAUCUGCAGUCUCUUCACGCUGUCGGGGGUGUGUAUCUACGUCAGUUACUCGGAGCAGGCUCUGGAUCUGCUGCAGUGGGAGCUCGGAGCCGAGCUGCCCGACUACGUCCACGUCUCCUUCGGCUGGUCCCUGACCGCCGCCUGCCUGUCCUUCUGCCUGGAGCUGCUCACCAGCGUCCUGCUCACACUGGCAGCACGACUCGCCUACUGCCAGCUCCACCACGAGUCCACCGUCACCCUGUCCAUGACCUAGGACACGCCUCUAAAGCAGUCAAACCACGCCCUCACGUUGCAGUUCACGCAAAAAUCACCAGCCGGCGUGACUUUCAUGAUUCUUUCAAGAGUUUUGAGGGAACUGUACUCUUUAUUUACUCUGUAUUAAUUCAUGUGUUACCUCAGGGGACAGCUGGAUGGAAGACCAAUAUACUUACAGUAUAUACGUUUAAGAUGUGUAUAAGAUGUGAGGUGUUAUCUUGUGACCAUUGUCCCAUCAUGCUCAUGGCUAAAAAGGUGUUGUGAAUUAUCGUGGAGUUGGAGCAUCACAUGUGUAUCUGGAAUACCAGAACUGGUAAUGAUCAUGACCGGUGGCAUCUGGCUAGAACUGUCCAUGCGAACGAGUGACUAAUUGUACAGAAUAUGCAUGAAUGCCAUGGUUUCGUUCUCGUCCACUUUCUCUUCAUUUGCAACCAGAGCCAAUCAGUGCAGUAGAGCUGCCAGAGGUGGAGCCAAACUUGCAUACUCAUUUGGUAGACCCACCCUCUUACCCUAGAGUCUCAGCCCGCCUUCAUUGAGUCAUAGAGUGGAUUUUAUGUAAUUUCCCAACAGUAAAGGAUCAUUUUAUGGGAGCAGGUAUGGAACAAAGCUCCAGGAUCAGAUACCAGAAGUCAGAGAAUAAAACAGCAGUAAAUUGGAACCCAGAAAGACUACAAGACAGAAGUCUUGGAGUAGAGUCUCAGCCCGCCUUCAUUGAGUUUACAGCGCCGUCUAAAGGACUAAAAGUGGACUAAGAGUGGAUUUUAUGCAACAUCCCAACAGUAAAAAAGCAUGUAUUACAUUUACAUCAUAUUACAGUACCGUACACUAUAUUACUCUGUUUACCAAUGAGAUAAACUCGAUUAAUGAUUCAUUUACAUACAGCUCUGUAAAACAAUAAGAGAGCACUUCAGUUUCUGAAUCAGUUUCUCUGAUUUUGCUAUUUAUAGGUUUAUGUUUGAGUAAAAUGAACAUUUUUGUUUUAUUCUAUAAACUACAGACAACAUUUCUCCCAAAUUCCAAAUAAAAA